GUCUUGUAAUAAUUAUUUAUCUGAUUCAUUUGUACGAAUUGUAAAUUACUUUUCACAAGAUUGUAAAAAACUAAUAACAUGUCGGACGGUGGAGAAAAUCCCGAUCAACCACGGCAACCGCGAAAUAUGCAGGGUCUUCUGAAGUUUGCCAUGGAAGCAACACAGUCCGAGGAUGCUCCUAAUCCAGCGCACGUGGAUGCGAUGGACCCUGAACGAAGGCAGUUUCUAGAAGCCGCCUUGAAAUCUCUUACGGUGGAUGUUAUACAUGAAAUCGAAAAAGCCAUGAAAGUAUUGACGGAUCCGGAAGCGGCAGACGAAGACAAGGCAGAAGCUUUAGAUGUUAUCAUCGAUUUCGUUCAAGACAUCGAUGCUGCCAAUGAUUUUUACAAAGUAGGUGGAUUUGUUAUAAUUCAACCGGGUCUUGAUUCGUCUAGCAGCGAAGUUAGAACGGGAACUUUACGGCUAGUUGCUGAACUGUCCCAAAACAAUCCCACCUGCCAGCAGCAUCUGUUGGAAGCAAACAUUCUACCGCGGUUGGUUGAACUACUUUCGGAUGAAGCAACGGUGGCCGUCCAAGCGAUGCAUGCAAUAUCUUGUCUCGUUCGGCAUUAUGAACCCUGUCUUGCUGCCUUUAUAGAAAUGGGUGGACUCGAAUGUUUGCUUGGUUGCAUACAGACGGAUAACGACAAACUUCGGAUUAAAUCUUCUUUCCUUAUGUCUAAUCUAUGCACUGAGUUUGCUGCCGUGAGGGACGAAUUCAUUAAGCUAAACGCUGUGGAGGGUGUAAUAGCGUCGAUUCGCCCUUCCAAGGAAUACGAACCGAAACUUGAGACAGCUUUGUCGACGUUGAAUGUUUUGACGGAAAGCUCGGAAGCUGUCAUUCGUUGUCAGGAGGCGAAUUUAAAACUGAAGUCUAAGCUGGAAACGAUACUGAAACUCAACAAUGGGAAAGAUGAGUGUUUGGAACAAAUUGAGUACGCUAACACGCUUCUUAAACGCUGCUUUGCGACAGAGCAUGGCUUAACCGACCGUUAAAAAUCAAGUGAAUACUAAAUGGUCUCUAGAAUCAAU